AUGAUUUCGACGGCCAACUUCACCCACACGUCGAACGCGGACCCACCGAUCCCCUACUACGACCACCGGCUCCGGGGCCACGCGUACCAGAAUGACUCGAACGGCGAGGCCUACGCGGAGGCGUCGGGCAAGCUCUUCGAGGGCAGAUUCCACUACCACGAGAACAGCUCGUACGGCAACCCGAAUUCGGCGUUCGGGAUGCCGAACGAGAACUUUACUGAGUACGCGGAGAUACCGUAUUACAUAAAGGCGACGUCGAUGACGUUGUGCAUAGUGAUAAUGUGCUUGGGCGUGAUCGGUAACGUGAUGGUGCCGAUAGUGAUAUUGAAGACUAAGGACAUGAGGAACUCGACGAACAUUUUCCUGGUGAACUUGAGCAUUGCGGACUUGAUGGUGCUGCUGGUGUGCACGCCCACUGUCUUGGUGGAGGUGAACUCCAAGCCUGAAACGUGGGUGCUGGGGAAGGAGCUUUGCUUGGCGGUCCCGUUCGUCGAGCUGACCGUCGCCCACGCCUCGGUGCUGACGAUUCUCGCGAUCAGCUUCGAGAGGUACUACGCGAUCUGCGAGCCUCUACGAGCGGGCUACGUCUGCACGAAAGCCAGGGCAAUACUCAUUUGCGCGCUAGCCUGGUUCUUCGCCGCUCUGUUCACGAGUCCAAUCCUGGCGAUCGCAGAGCACCACGCAGUCACGCGUCACGACGGCACAGUCACUGCGCAAUGUCUCACGCAAGCUGUCACAUUCUGGCAAAUAGCAUUCUUCAUCAUGGUCAUAAUAUUGCUAUACCUCCUGCCCUUACUUAUACUUAUAGUUCUGUACAGUAUUAUCGCCAAAAAUCUCAUAACGGCCGCCUCCAAAGUGGUCAUGAAUAAAACCGUCGAUCCGUACAACACGAGGGCGAGAAAACAGGUCAUCUUAAUGCUCGGGACCGUUGUCUUGUGCUUUUUCCUCUGUCUAAUGCCUUAUAGAGUAUUGGCUCUGUGGAUAAUUGUGACACCGUCGGAGCUCUCUGACAACAUCAGCCCGGAGAAAUGGUACAACAUACUCUAUUUCUCCAGGAUAAUGUUGUACAUCAAUUCGGCGAUCAACCCGAUACUGUAUAAUCUCAUGUCGUCCAAAUUCCGCAUCGGCUUCUGCAAGAUAUGCAUCUGUAAUGGCGCAUCAGAGAGAGCGCAGAACAGACGAGUGCAGAGGACGGUGACGAACGGAUCGACGACCAGCAGCAGCCUCUCGCGAACCACGAACAGCCUGAAGAAGUUGUUCAGCCACCGAAGCAGCUUGGAACGUGGCGAAGACGAUAGCAAGGAUUCGAACGAAGACCGAACUAGGAACGGGUUCUACCGUAUGUUGACAGGCCGGAGAUUCGUGAGGCAGCAAUCAGCACCGGUGUGCCCGAGCCCGAAGCUGAAGAUAAGCCGGAUGAGGAGCGAGGGCAACAUGCUGGAUAUGUCGGAAGUCGAUGUCCAUGACAAGGGAUCCUACCCGUCUGAUGCAAAUGCUAAAUUCAUCGGUCACUGUAACGUCAGCAAAAGCAAUCGGACCGAUGUAGAGCUGGACCCACCGAAUCGCCACGGGUCGCUCAGGCGGAGCGUUUUAAUAAACAGCACCAAAGCGAAAAGUCUAGAGAGUGAAAGCAAUAAAAGGCUCGUAUACCAAAAGAUAAGGGCGGAGUGCGUCGUCGGCUUCCAGAAGUCGAGGAGUGUGGAUUACGACUUCCCGGAGAGUUUCGUG